AUGAUCCGCUUCAUCCUGGUCCAGAACCGGCAGGGCAAGACGCGCCUCUCCAAGUUCUACGUCCCUUACGACGACGACGAAAAGGUGCGCCUCCGCGGCGAGGUACACCGCCUCAUUGCGCCCCGCGACCAAAAGUACCAGAGCAACUUUGUAGAGUACAAGAACCACAAGCUCGUCUACAGGCGGUACGCCGGCCUCUUUUUUUGCGUCUGCGUCGAUGCAAACGACAACGAGCUGGCGUACCUCGAGGCCAUCCACCUCUUUGUCGAGGUGCUGGACGCCUUCUUUGGAAACGUGUGCGAGCUCGACCUCGUCUUCAACUUUUACAAGGUCUAUGCGAUACUCGACGAGGUCUUCCUCGCCGGCGAGAUCGAGGAGACGAGCAAAAACGUCGUACUGGCCCGCCUAGAUCAACUGGAGAAGCUCGAUUGA